AUGUCUAUUUCAACAAGCCCUUCAGCUCAAACCCAGAGGCAAGCAAUCAACCGUUCUCUGGCGAUUCAAAUAGAAGGCGCUUAUGUUGCGCGCCAGAGGGCUCUUCUCCGUUCACGUGUCGCACCAUCUGAACAAUUCGUUAUUGAUAGUGCCUCAUAUGACUCAUUCAACGCACAUUUGAAGUCAUCAGAGCGUGUCCUUGUGGUUCUUGGAGCUGGGUUAUCCGCCGCCUCUGGAAUUGGAACAUAUGUGGAUGAGGGUGGAUAUUGGAGAACACACAAUGUCCGGCGAUUAGGCACAUACGGGGCAUUUCGCGAGGAUCCAAGCUUGAUAUGGUGGUUCUAUAGUGAUAGGCGCAGGGAAAUGAUGCAGGCAGAACCCAAUAAGGGACACUAUGCCAUUGCAGAGUUGGCUAAAAAAAUGGGGAAUAGAAUGUUGACAGUGUGUCAGAACAUUGAUGGCGAUCCAGGUCUCUGUCCUCGUGCCGGCCAACCUGAAGCUACUACUGUCUAUCUUCAUGGUGAUUACUUCACGUUUAAAUGCAGUUCAGAGAAGUGCACAUACACUCGCCGGGACGAAAAUGACCCAAUUGUCCCUGCCCUCACCCUCCCCAGCACUCACUUGAUCUCCGAUCCCAAUUAUCCCCUUCCCCUAGUUCCGGAAGAAUCGCUUCCCCGCUGUCCCGCAUGCUCCUCUUUACUGCGCCCCUCUGUGACCUGGUUUGGAGAAGCCAUGCCCUCUACCAAAGUUAACAGGAUCGAUGACUGGUUGCACCGUGUUGACAGCGAGGAUCAAAUAGACUUAGUACUUCUCAUUGGAACUGCUGCUACGGUUCAUCCAGUUCUAUCGUUAGUUGUCGAGACAAGAAAGAAAGGCGCCAAAGUCUGCGUAGUAAACCCGGACAAAACCUCUGCGGAAAAGGUCGGCGGCCUGGAUGAGGGGAAUUGGUGGUUCAGGGGUGGUGCAGAAGAAGUUUUGACAGAGAUUUUCAAAGGAGUAAUCGGCGCUCUCUCCGGCAACAUAAUGCCGCGCCUUGUCGACAACUCCCAGAUACGAUCAGCCUCGCUACAUAAUCCUCUUCCGCUUCAGCUCCAUGCCUACGUUUGGCCGUUUCUGAUCAUUUGGCCUGUCUUCUUUGCCGUGUAUCUCUCUCCCGAACGAUAUGACACCUACAUCCAGGGAUCAGAAUGGACCUUCGUCUGGGCAGGAACCAUAUUAACCCUACAGGCUCUAGUAUGGCUUUCGACAAAGUGGAACGUUAGCAUCGAUGCUCUAUUCACGACGAGCAAGGCAAAAUCGGCCCAUUCGGCCAAGCUGAUCAAGGUUAUGCCUGUUGUUAACGCCGGGACUGCUGAAAUUUGCCCUCUAUUUCGAGAAAAAUACGGCGGAAAGGAUAAUAUCUCUUUUCUUUUCCAGAAGCGCCGGUUUCUAUACUCUCCGGAGAGAAAGUGCUUUGCACCACUCUCGUACGCGAUUGACGCAGAACCGAAACCUCUCCUAAAGACUUUCCAGCAGAGCCGGGGAUUGCAGACGGAUAGGGAAGUUGAAGAAAUUCAGAACCACUAUGGAGAGAAUACAUUUGACAUUCCCGUGCCUACCUUUACCGAACUGUUCAAGGAACACGCCGUGGCGCCCUUUUUCGUGUUUCAAGUCUUCUGCGUUGGUCUCUGGCUGUUGGAUGAAUAUUGGUAUUAUUCACUAUUCACCCUUUUUAUGCUGGUAGCUUUCGAGAGCACGGUGGUAUGGCAACGGCAAAGAACCUUGAAUGAAUUCCGAGGGAUGAGCAUAAAACCAUAUGACGUUUGGGUUUAUCGAAAAAAUGCUUGGACUGAGAUUACGAGUGAUAAAUUACUCCCCGGAGAUGUUCUGUCAGUCAAUCGGACAAAGGAAGACAGCGGUGUCGCAUGCGAUGUUCUCAUGAUCGAGGGCAGCGUGAUCGUUAACGAAGCUAUGCUUUCUGGCGAAAGCACCCCUCUCCUCAAAGAUUCUAUCCAACUUCGACCUGGUGAUGAUCAAAUUGAUCCGGAAGGCCUGGAUAAAAACUCGUUCUUAUAUGGCGGCACCAAGGUGUUGCAGAUUACGCAUCCCAACUCUGGAGAUUCUCUUCCCAAUGGUAUUUCCCCCCCUCCCGACGAUGGUGCCGUUGGUGUCGUUGUGAAAACUGGCUUUGAGACCAGUCAAGGCAGUCUGGUUCGCACCAUGAUCUACUCUACGGAACGUGUUUCAGCCAACAAUGUUGAAGCUCUACUCUUCAUUUUGUUCCUCUUAAUAUUCGCCAUCGCCGCUUCUUGGUAUGUCUGGCUGGAAGGUGUGGCAAAGGAUCGAAAACGAUCCAAGCUCCUAUUGGACUGUGUCUUGAUUAUCACUAGCGUUGUUCCUCCUGAACUGCCAAUGGAGCUGAGCUUGGCUGUUAACACCAGUCUUGCUGCUCUCAGCCGGUUUGCCAUUUUCUGUACCGAGCCUUUCAGAAUCCCCUACGCUGGACGAAUUGAUAUUGCAUGCUUUGAUAAAACAGGCACUCUAACGGGUGAGGAUCUAUUGGUUGAUGGAAUUGCAGGGCUUUCCUUGGGCCACGCUGGCGCAAAGGUCGACAAGCAUGGAGCCCACACUGAUAUUAUUCCCGUCGAAAAAGUCGCGAAUGAAACUACCCUUGUCCUCGCCACAGCCCAUGCCCUCGUAAAAUUGGAUGAAGGUGAUAUUGUUGGCGAUCCUAUGGAAAAGGCAACCUUGACUGCUCUUGGAUGGGUCCUUGGUCAUGAUGAUAUAUUGACAAGCAAGGCUUCCGGGUCAUCACGUCAACCAGGUCGGGCUCUCGAUUCCGUUCAGAUCAAACGACGAUUCCAGUUUUCUUCCGCUCUAAAGCGCCAGAGUGCCAUUGCGACCGUUGUAAGCACCGAUCGACAGACUUCGAAAAAACUAAAGGGAACGUUUGUUGGUGUCAAAGGCGCCCCUGAAACAAUCAGAACCAUGCUUGUUUCUACCCCUCCCCACUAUGAAGAGACGUUCAAGUACUUCACUCGUAACGGCGCCCGAGUUCUCGCUCUUGGAUACAAGUACCUCUCAACCGAGUCAGAGCUUGGCCAAGGGCGAAUUAACAAUCUGAAAAGAGAAGAUGUGGAAUCUGACCUACAUUUUGCUGGAUUCCUCGUGUUGCAAUGUCCAUUGAAAGAUGAUGCCAUAAAUGCACUUCGGAUGCUGAAUGAAAGCAGCCAUCGUGUGGUAAUGAUCACCGGCGAUAACCCCCUCACAGCAGCUCAUGUUGCUCGCCAAGUAGAAAUUGUUGAUAGGGAAGUUCUAAUUCUUGACGCACCGGAGAACGACAGUUCUGGCACAAAACUUGUCUGGCGAACUAUCGACGAUGGUUUUAGUGUUGAUGUUGACCCCAGCAAACCUUUGGACAGUACAAUUCUGAAAACCAAAGAUCUUUGUGUUACAGGCUAUGCGUUGUCCAAGUUCAAAAACCAAAAGGCCCUCACUGAUCUACUCAGACAUACUUGGGUAUACGCUCGUGUUUCUCCGAAACAGAAGGAAGAUAUUCUACUAGGCAUGAAGGAUGCUGGAUACACGACUCUUAUGUGUGGUGAUGGUACCAACGACGUUGGUGCGCUCAAACAAGCUCAUGUCGGUGUCGCUCUAUUGAACGGCUCUCAAGAUGAUCUGAACAAAAUCGCGGAGCAUUUCAGGAAUACAAAAAUGAAGGAAGUGUACGAGAAACAAGUUGGGUUGAUGUCUAGAUUUAACCAACCAGCUCCUCCGGUACCAGUGGCUAUUGCUCAUCUGUAUCCUCCGGGACCAAACAAUCCACACUACGAAAAGGCAAUGCUCCGUGAAGCACAAAGGAAGGGAAUUACUGCCGCCACUGCAGGUCAACCAGGUCAAGAAAACGGAAUCGCGACUAUCACCACCCCAGGGGCGCAAGCGAUACAAGUGUCCACCGCAAACUUAACACCCCAGCAGCUACAGAAGCACCAGGCGUCAAUUGCCGCGGCGGGUCUCGCUGAUAAACUUACAGCCUCAAUGAUGGAGCAAGAGUUAGACGACAGUGAGCCUCCAACCAUCAAAUUGGGCGAUGCUUCAGUUGCCGCGCCUUUCACUAGCAAGCUUGCAAACGUGAUCGCAAUCCCGAAUAUUAUCCGCCAAGGUCGAUGCACAUUGGUUGCAACUAUCCAGAUGUACAAGAUCCUGGCUCUAAAUUGCUUGAUCAGCGCAUACAGUUUGAGCGUCAUUUAUCUUGAUGGUAUUCGAUUUGGUGAUGGACAGGCUACCAUCAGUGGCAUUCUCAUGAGUGUGUGCUUUUUGUCAAUCUCUCGUGCGAAGUCUGUCGAAGGCCUCUCCAAAGAACGGCCACAACCGAACAUUUUCAACAUGUACAUUAUGGGAUCCGUCCUUGGCCAAUUUGCCAUCCACGUCGCAACACUGAUAUAUCUUUCGAACUACGUCUACUCAAUAGAGCCGAAAAAGGAAGUUAUCGACUUAGAGGGCGAAUUCGAGCCGUCCCUCCUCAACAGCGCCAUCUACCUCCUCCAACUAAUCCAACAAAUCUCCACCUUCUCCAUAAACUACCAAGGCCGUCCCUUCCGCGAAUCUAUCCGCGAAAACCGCGGCAUGUACUGGGGUCUCAUCCUCACCUCAGGCGUCGCCUUCUCCUGCGCGACAGAAUUCAUCCCAGAACUCAACGAGAAGCUCCGCCUGGUUCCUUUCACCACUGAAUUCAAAUUUACGCUGACGGGACUGAUGCUGAUAGAUUAUGUUGGCUGCUGGCUUGUUGAGAAUGUUUUGAAGAGGAACUUUAGUGAUUAUAGGCCGAAGGAUAUUGCGGUGCGGAGACCGGAUCAGUUGGCUAGGGAAGAGGAGAGGAAGAGGCUGGAGGAGGAGGAGGAGGAGGAGGAAAGGGAGAGGGAAAAGGCGAGUAAAUCUUGA